AGAGUACCAUAGAGACUCGGAACUUUUACGUAGAAUCAGGAAGUGAGUUGCGGACAACGGCUAGCAGUAUCUGGUGCAGCGUCGAGUCGAGGAGGAAAAUAAGUAGUGGGGGGUGGGAACGAGAAGUGAACGAGAAAGAGACGAAGAUGGCGUCGUUCAUUACAGUGCAACUAAAGAAAACCUCGGAGGUAGACUUGGCAAAGCCUCUCUGCAAGUUCAUCCAGCAGACCUACCCCGGUGGGGAGUCUCAGGCCGAACAUUGCCGAGCCGCCGAAGAACUCAGCAAGCUGCGCAAGAGCGCGCUCGGGCGCUCGCUCGACAAGCACGAGAGCUCGCUGGAGACCCUCCUGAGAUACUAUGAUCAACUGUGUUCCAUAGAACCAAAAUUUCCAUUUUCUGAAAACCAGAUCUGUGUAACUUUUACCUGGAAAGAUGCCUUUGACAAGGGGUCGCUGUUUGGAGGAUCUGUCAAACUUGCUCUGGCAAGUUUAGGCUACGAGAAAACAUGCGUGUUAUUUAAUUGUGGAGCAUUGGCCAGUCAAAUAGCAUCAGAACAGAAUCUUGACAGUGAUGAAGGGAUGAAAGCUGCUGCUAAAUAUUAUCAGUUUGGUAGUGGUGCCUUCCAGCACAUUAAAGAUACCGUCCUCUCUUCAUUAAAUCGAGAACCUACAGUUGACAUUUCUCCAGAUACAGUUGGCACGCUAAGCCUUAUCAUGCUGGCUCAAGGUCAAGAAGUCUUUUUUCUGAAAGCUACCAGAGAUAAAAUGAAAGAUGCCAUCAUUGCUAAACUUGCAAACCAAGCUGCUGAUUACUAUGGUGAUGCAUUCAAACAGUGCCAGUACAAGGAAACCUUACCCAAGUAUUUUUAUUUCCAGGAGGUGUUCCCUCUUCUGGCUGCAAAACACUGCAUAAUGCAGGCCCAUGCAGAGUACCAUCAAUCUGUACUGGCAAAGCAACAGAAGAAAUUUGGUGAAGAAAUUGCAAGAUUGCAGCAUGCUGCUGAUCUUGUAAAAACAGUGACAUCUCGUUACGAUGAAUAUAUAAAUGUUAAAGACUUGUCUGACAAAAUCAACCGUGCACUUAGUGCUGCAAAGAAGGAUAAUGACUUCAUCUAUCAUGACAGAGUUCCUGAUCUUAAAGAUCUUGAUCCAAUAGGAAAAGUCAGUCUUGUGAAAGCAACUCCAGUUACUAUCCCUCUGAGUCAGAAAUUUACAGAUUUGUUUGAGAAGAUGGUUCCUAUGGCAGUACAGCAAGCUCUUGCUUUCUACAACCAAAGAAAGGCAGAGUUGGUUAAUAGAUCAAUAGGUCAGAUGAGAGAGGGCACCAAUUUGGCAAAUGGGGUGCUAGCAUCCCUUAAUCUCCCUGCUGCUAUUGAAGAUGUUUCUGGGGAUAGUGUUCCUCAAUCUAUUCUACAGAAGUCUAAGUCAGUGAUUGAACAGGGAGGCGUUGAAGCAAUAGAUCAAUUGAUGAAAGAUCUUCCUGAAUUAUUGCAGAGAAAUAGAGAGAUUCUUGAUGAGUCACUAAGGAUAUUGGAUGAAGAAGAAGCAACAGACAAUGACUUGAAAAACAAAUUCAAGGAACGUUGGCAAAGAACACCAUCAAAUGAUUUAUACAAGUCUUUGAGGACAGAAGGAACCAAUUACCGUAAUGUACUGGAUAAAGCAGUACAAGCUGACAAACAGGUUAAGGAACGGUACCAAUCUCAUCGAGAUACAAUUUCAUUGUUAUGUAAAUCAGAACAAGAACUUAAUGCAGCCAUUCCAUCAGCAAAUCCAGCAAAAACAAUACAAGGGAGUGAGGUAGUUAAUAUCCUAAAAUCGUUGCUAGCUAAUCUGGAUGAAGUAAAAAAGCAGAGAGAACAACUUGAGAAUGAUCUCAAAUCAGUAAACUUUGACAUGACAUCUAAAUUCCUAACAGCACUAGCGCAGGAUGGUGCUUUAAAUGAAGAAGCCAUAUCUGUCACAGAGUUGGAUAAUCUUUAUGGUGGUCUUACUCAUAAAGUACAGGAGACCCUGAAAAAACAGGAGGAGCUGCUCAAUAGCAUUCAGAAUUCUCAUCAGGAAUUUUCUAAGAUGAAGCAGUCAAAUAAUGAAUCCAAUUUAAGAGAAGAAGUUCUGAAGAAUUUAGCUAUAGCUAAUGACAACUUUGUGGAACUUACAGCCAACUUGAAAGAAGGCACAAAGUUCUAUAAUGAAUUGACUGAAAUCCUUUUGAAAUUCCAAAACAAAUGCAGUGACAUUGUGUUUGCACGCAAAACAGAAAGAGAUGAACUUCUGAAAGAUUUGCAGCAGAGCAUUGCCAGAGAACCCAGUGCUCCUUCUUUUCCUUCCGUGCCUGCAUAUCAGACUGCUCCCCCCGGGGGAAACAAACCCUUUGCAUCCUCUACUCCAACUCCAGCUCCCCGAACCAAUGUAUCUAGUAAACCACAGCCACCAGCACGUCCUCCUCCACCAGCAAUUUCUACAGCACCUGUUGUCACUGCUCCUGGUUCAGCAAUCACUGGGAUAUCAGCUGCUCCUGUGGGUUCUGCAACUAAUGUAGCACCUUCACAGGCCCAGGGCCCACCUUAUCCAACUUAUCCAGGAUAUCCUGGAUAUUGCCAGAUGCCUUUGCCGUUGGGUUAUAAUCCUUAUAUGUAUGGCCAAUACAAUCUUCCAUAUACACCAUCACCUGGGUACCAAAAUCCUGGACAAGCUCCUUAUCCAGGACCACAGCAACCUGGAUACCCUUAUCCACAACAGCCAUAUUAUCCACAGCAAUAACAUAUCAGAAAAGAAUCAUUGCUUGUUAUAACUAAGAGUAAUUUGCAAUAAGCAUACUAAAACUUCUACUUCAGCUAAUGUACCUCACUAUAUUGGAAUGGUUGAUAACUUCCUUUCCUAAUAAUGCUCCAAAACAUCUAUUUUCUCAACUGAAUUCUGGCUAUAUCAGAUUUCUUGAGAAAGUGGCAAGCUACUACAAUAUUAAAUUAACAGAAUUAGAUUAUAGCGAAAUUCAAUUUAUGUACUAAUUUACCUACACCAAAUAUUACUUUACAUUUCUCUCCUAUAAAUAAAUACUAAAUAAUUGAUCUAAAACAAAAUGGCACAAGCAUUAGUCUGGUAUAAACUAUAAGAGUAAAUAGAAUUUCUAUAUUAUAUUGGUUUGUAUUUUGGAUUUGCUUUUAGUUACCAAUAUGUUUUGUUUAAAGCAUUGUAAAUUGUUAAGUGCAAAAUAAGCUGCAUAAGAUAGUUUGAAAAUUAUACUUAGAUAUUUUAUAUUUGGCUAUAACUAAUGUAUGUUUUUGAAGCUAGAGCACCUUCUUUGGCACUGCUUUUGAAGCUGAGAUUUCUGCAAACCAGUCAUGGUUUCUUAUAUUUAGUUCCUAUAAUAUACAAACAAUCUCAAAAAUCAAUAUGUUAUUCCAGAAUAAGAGAAAAUAAAUCAGCAUAUUUUUAUUGAAUCAUUCAAAGACUAGCUUGUAAGGUAUUCAUUGGGGAUAUACACUUGACAUUUUGAUAUUU